ACAAGGUUACCUUUUGGUUCCAAAACCGGACAGACAUCCACUCUUAGUGAUGAUGAUGAGACUGGUUUCACUCUUGAUAACGGUGGUGGUAGUAAGAGAAAAGGUUCCCCAUGGCAAAGAAUGAAAUGGACCGAUGGCAUGGUGAGGCUACUGAUAAUGGCGGUUUAUUACAUCGGUGAUGAAGCUGGACCGGAGGGUUGCACUAAUCCUAGUGGAAAGAAAAAGGGUGUUGGUGGUGGAUUGUUGCAGAAGAAAGGGAAAUGGAGAUCGGUUUCGAGGGCGAUGAUAGAGAAAGGGUUCUAUGUUUCACCUCAACAAUGUGAAGAUAAGUUCAAUGAUUUGAAUAAGAGGUACAAGAGGGUUAAUGAUAUACUUGGUAGAGGGACUGCUUGUAAGGUAGUGGAGAAUCAAAGCUUGCUCGAUUCUAUGGAUUUGUCGCCCACAAUGAAGGAAGAAGUUAGGAAAUUGUUGAAUUCUAAGCACUUGUUCUUCAGAGAAAUGUGUGCUUACCAUAAUAGCUGUCCCCAUUCUUCAAAUGUUAAUCAUUCACCAGAGGAGACAUCCCAAAGCCAGCACCAGAAACCUCAACAACAGAGUUUCCUCCAUUCGUCGGAUAAUGCUCGAAUCGGUGGCGAUUCGGAGUCGAAGUUGGCUAAAGUAGUAUGCAGUGAAGAAGAGGAUGAUGAUGAUGACGACGAUGACGAUGACGAUGACGAUUUUGAUGGCGAUGAAGAUGACGAUGAUGAAGAAGCAACGGAUGAAGAAAACAAUGAAAAAUCGUCAAGUAAACGACCGAGAAAUGGAGGUGGUGAGACGUCAUUGUCGCCAUUGAUGUCUCCAUUGAUGGAACAAUUGAGCAGCGAAGUGGUGAAGGUGAUAGAAGAUGGAUCAAAGAGUGGUUGGGAGAAGAAGCAUUGGAUGAAGAUGAGGGCAAUGCAAUUGGAAGAGCAACAAGUGAGGUACCAAUGCCAAGCAUUGGAGCUGGAGAAGCAGAGGCUCAAGUGGGUGAGAUUCAGCGGGAAGAAAGAAAGGGAAAUGGAGAAAGAGAAGCUGGAAAACCAACGAAGGCGGAUCGAGAACGAGAGAAUGGCGCUGAUGGUAAAGCAGAAGGAGUUGGAGCUGUCGGAGAUGGUGGAUUUUCAACACUAUAAUCAGCCACACCAGCAUUCUUCUAACAGAAGGGGAGAUCCAUCAAGCAUCAACGGUUGAAAAUGUUACAUAUAAUUACUGUUUUUUUGUAUGAAAAAAAGACAGCUUGUUCUG